ACAUGCGGGGGCAGGGUGGUGGUGGUGUGUGCCACUUAGGGGACCCCCUGCCAAGGGGCUCCGCUGGUCACAGCUUCUGGGCAGGGAAGUCAGGAAGCUUCUGUCAAACCUGAGCUUGCCCUUCUCCUGCCGGGUCCCUGUGCCAGGAGGGUGGGGGUCACCACCCUCUGCCCAGAGCUGGGCAGGCAGGGCGCAGGGCAUGCCGCUUAAGCUGCAAGUUGGUUUGAGGCUUUUCUAUUCACAGGGACUUAGAAGAGGGAUUUGGCCAUCCUGGCUUGGGAGAGAACGGCUGCCCCGCCGGCUUGCUGAGCUUCCCUUUUCCGGGAUCCAGGCAGAGCACCCCAUUCCCCACCUUUUCCCCAUCUGGGGAGGUUCAGGGCAGGGUCUGCCCAGCCCACUGGUGCCCCCCAGGACCUGGCAAUACCCUGCUUACACCCCCAGAACAUAGCCGCACCCCACCCACAGCAGCUCUGCCCUUCUGCUUCCCCCUCCCUGGGGGCUCAGCCCAUGCCCUGCCAGGCUGUCUUCAGCUCAGGGCGUUGCCCAGGCACUCCUCCUUGGGCCCCAUUGGGCCCUUCUGAGUCCUGAAGUCUCCCUGCUGGCAGUGAGCCCUGGACUCUGCACUGGGAAUGUGGGGGCCUGACUCUAAACCCCAGGGUCAGGUAGGAAGGUGACAAUGGCAAUGAGGCUGGGAGGGAAGGGGGGACCCAGAGGCAGACCCAGCCCUGGUACCCAGGUCCCUGGCUGGGCAGGGUGCUGCGCCCAGAGGCACUGAGAGCAGCCCUUGGGCAGGGCCCUGGAGCCAGGCUGCCCGCUUCUCCCUGAGCCCCUGUCCUCACCCAGGGUUCCAGGGUCCCUCCUCUGUCCCCUCUGGUGUCUUCCCCAAAGCAAACAGGCCAGAGUCUAAUAAGAAAGGAAAACAACAAUCCAGGGAAAAGCAGGAACCAAGGAUCAGCCCAAGUGCCCUUGGUCCAGCGGCACCGUGGGAUUUGGCCUGGGUCGGUGGCCAGAGAGGAAGACGCCUGGCAAUGGGAGCCACACGGCAGACAGAGGGACAGAGUGGGGUGGUGGGGGUAUGUGGGGGUGAGCCCGUUCUCACAGCUGUUGGCUUGGGGUCACUGGGGCACCUUCCCUGAGGGGUCAGCACGGUGCCGCCCAGCUUCUGGGCCAAUGUGCCUGCCCACCCCCCGCAGCAGCCACAGCUUCCUCCCGCCCUGGAAAGCUCCUGCCAAGGGGUCGGGCAGCUGCUUCGCAUUUCAGGUUGGCGCCAAGGCAGAGAGGGGAGUUGCCCAAGCCCUCAGUGCAACCCAGAAGGGCCUUGCUGGUCAGGCCUCUGGACCCCACAAAUGUUGGUUAUGGCUUCUAGCUGUUCCUCAAACAAGAUAAUAGUCUGCAGGGCAAGGGUGGCCAGACCACCAUGACGGAGUAACGGGGCAGAAGCAAGAAGCCCUCUGGGGCCCAGGGCCUGACCACACCACGCUUAUCAAUUGCCAACACACGCCAGGCGCACGCCUGCUCUCUCUUCCACGUGGAGGCCCGGAGCUGAAGUGUCAGUUUAGCCAGGAGGAAACAGAGGGGAGCCUCAGGACCACACAGCAGCUGUCUGGCCUGCAGGCUGCCAGCCUGCUCCAUUGCACCGCUCUGUGCCAGAGGAUGCCACACAAACUAGGAGUGCUUUCUAGUCCCCUUGGUUCUGCCAGCUUUCCCAUCUGCUCUGGCUCCCUGGACAGGCAGCGCCCUCAGAAGGCUCCGAAAAGACCAGGCAGGCCACCCGGGCAACUGGAGGGCCCAAGGGUAGCCCAGACUUCUCUCCCUUCCAUGCCCGGGGGAGGCCACUACUUGCCUCUGGCCUCCCCUCAGCACCCCCAGGGAUCUGAGAAGGCUCCAGCACAGGCACUCCAGAGAAAGGGUUGGGAGGGACUCUGGUUUUUCUGGUUCACAGGCAGGAAGUACAGUGUUGGAAGGAGCUCAGUGAUGCUGAGAUAGACUGGAAAGUUACAGAAUCAUCAGUGGCCAGAUUGGGCUUCCCCAUAUUCUUCCCCCCAAACUCUGGAAGGAAAAGGGGGGUGGCUGUCCCCAGGAGAGGCCUGCACCUCCCCUGGCUGCGGCUGGGAACACUUGGGGCACCAGGUUCCCUGCAGUGCACGGGCUGGACACAGGCCAUGUGGUCACCUGACAGCUGCCAGUCAUACUGGGCACCCAGGCGUCAAGCAUGCCCUUGGCCUUGCUUUAAACAGACCACUGGGAGAGCGCCCGGGAGCUGCUGGAAUGAGCCUCCCCACUCUUAGGAGAACGAGAGCAGGACCAAGGCUGCAGCCCCUUCAGCUACCAUUCCUCAUGGAGGCUCUUCUGCUCAGCUGGAGGCCUAAGCUUGAAACCACAGACACCCCGCAAGCAGCACCGGGGGCUCUUGUUCCGCUCUGGGCGGCAGAAUCGCUAUGAACCGUUCAUGGAGCACACAGGGUCCAGUGAGUGGCGCAGGGUCAGGCCCCAGAUCAGGUGCAGCUGGCCCGGCUGAGCCGGCUCUUCAGGGCAGGCGGUCGCCCCCGCCCACGGCCACAGCCUGCUGCUGGUGUAGACCGACCCUCUUCCCCGAGCAGGGCCUGGGUCUACUGGGCAUGAGUCCACAGCCUUCUGCCUUCAUAACCUCUGGAGGAUGCUGAUUUUAUACCCAAAGCUUCCAAUUCACAAACCCCACCUUUCCAUCACAGUAGAUCAGCCUGGGCCCCACCCCCACCCUCCCUCCUCCGAAAUCACCACCCUCUCCACGCCACUUCUCACUCACAAGUGGACAUACCCUCUGCGGUCUCUCCCUGGGUCUCCGGGCUGGGAGCUCAUAAGUGAGAAAGCUCUCCUCUCCUGCCCAUCUCCUGCCCAUACCCUCUUCUAAGGAGUGUCUCUCCUGGGCUACAGCAGGCAGCUUGGGAGCAGGGCCAUUCAGGCCGAAAGAGUCAGACCAAGGACAGAGAAAGUGCUGAGGACAGAAGUGCCAGCUUUGGAGUAGGUGGGCUACCCCGAGGGCUUCUGGCACAUGCCAUGCCCUCCUCCAAGAACCAGCUGAACAAGAGGGCUCCUGCUCACCUGGAGACCGGGGAGAGGGGACGUCAGAGGCCCCAGAACAAGAGAGGCCCAGCUUGCUUCUUCUGGUCACAGGGAGCAGCCCCAACGGGUCUGACCAUAGGGGGUCUGACGUUCAAGCUAACAGGGCACACGAGAUCUGUCCCUUGGGUGAGAAGCAGUACAUACAGUUCUCAGGAAGCACGGCACAGUCCCAGCCAGAGUUCCAGACUCACAAGUGUAGGGUGGGGCUGAUUUGCUUUCAACAGGGUCGGGGGCCCUGGCGCCUGCACUGAGCCCACCACAUGGGCUGUACCCUGGGGCGGCUGCUUCCUCGGCAAACUUAGCCUGCAGGUCAAAGAGCGGCCUGCCCAGGACGGGCCAGCGUUGAGUCUGUGUGGUGUGUGGAGAUGAGCGCCAGCUGGGAGACUUGGACAAGUCACUUCAUCUCUCCAGGUCUCCGUUUCCUCAAAUGUAAAAGGAGGGAGGCAAAACUGGAUGGGAUGAUCUCUGCCAUCCUAGGAUUCUGUCUUUUAGUACAUUUGAAAACUGUCGGAGAACUUGCAAACCUCGGGGUGAGGCAUGAGAGAAAGUAGGAGGUCUACCUCGAGGAGGAGCCCCACCUCAGCAAACCCCAGUGUCCAGUGGCACCACCUGUCUGCUACCUCAUUGUUGCCACACACACACACACACACACACACACACUCUCACCAUAGCAAAUAACCUGGGAACGAAGGAGACAUGGAACACCCAAAAGGCAUUUGGGGAAUGUUGGUGGACAGUGUACAGGGGGAUGUGAGGGCCCCCAAAGCCAGCGAGACCCAGGCUGCCCCAGAGAUCCUUUGUGCUGGGCCUCCCUUGUGCCAGGGGCUGGGCUGGCUGCUUCCUGCAGGCAACCCCCUCCCCACAGCCUCGAAAAGUGGUACCUCUUCUUCACUGAAGAUGAGGAGAGGAAACGGACUCAGAGAUAUGAAGUGGCUCAUCCAUUCUUAGAGUUAAGAAGGGGGAGGCAGGACUCAAAUCCAGUGUUCUAUGAAGGGUGGCUGGAGAAACUAGAGAAGUGAUCUUGUAGCAAAGGAGAUGCAGGCAGUCCCUGCCAGAUGCCACCAGUUCCUGGGGGACCGGGAGCAGGAGGAGGACGGAAGUGUUCUGAGUGAGCCUGGCAGGUACUCAGCACAGCAUGGCAGCCCCAAACUUUGUACAAGAAAUGCACUCCGUGGGUGAGAGGCUGCUGCUCAAGUUGCAAAGGUUGCCGCAGGCUGAGCCUGUAGAGAUUGUGGCCUUCUCGGUCAUCCUCCUGUUCACAGCCACAGUUCUGCUGAUGAUGAUGAUAGCCUGUGGCUACUGCUGCAUUCACUGCUGCUGCCCUGAGCAGAGGGGCAGGAAGGUCCAAGUGCGGCCCAUGACCCCUCCAUGAGCUGGAGGGGAGCUGGAGGAGACUGCCACAGCUCCUGGGGCUCCCAGCCAUGCCACAGAGUACCAGCCUGGCCCUGCAGCCCUAACCUACAAGGCCAACAUCCAUGGGCCCCAGCUCUGCCCUGCCCAGGUACCUGGACACGGAUACCCAGAGCUGCUGCAGGCAGAAAAUUCUCACCUCACAGUGAACACUGGGCACCAAGGAGUCGGUUGUUUCACAGACUGAGUAAACCACCCAGGAUUCUUUGCCUACCGGUACUUUUUAGUCUGACAGGGAAGCAGGGCUCUCCAUGCCUUGACGGAGAACAGCCUGCCCCUGUGGGGGGCUGGCCCUUGGAGUUCCAAUGAUCUACGCCAAAGAGGAGCAAGCCAAUCAGAGGGACUUUGUGCAAUAGCUACUGGAUCCCAAGCUCCCCACCAGAGGGGGUGUAUGUCAGUAUUGUAUCCCAGUAUUUGCCUGUUUCUUUCCAAGUAAAACCUUUUGGGUUA